AUGGAGCAUCCUUCUCCUCAUGUUUGUCUAACUUGUGCAGGGUGUUGCAGAGGUGUGAGGAGACAAACUAGUACUCAACUGGGAGAAGUGCCACUUCAUGGUUCGAGAGGGAUUGUGCUUGGACACAAGAUUUCCGAGAAAGGGAUCGAGCUCGAUCGAGCUAAGGUGGAUGUCAUGUUGCAGCUUCCUGUUCCCAAGACUGUGAAGGACAUCAGGAGUUUUCUGGGUCAUGCAGGGUUCUACAGAAGAUUCAUCAAGGAUUUCUCAAAGAUAGCAAGACCCUUGACAAGACUUCUGUGCAAAGAGACAGAUUUUGAGUUUGAUGAAGAAUGCCACAAGUCUUGGACCUUGCUGAAGGACGCUCUGGUGUCUGCCCCAAUAGUUCAAGCUCCAAACUGGGAUCACCCAUUUGAGAUUAUGUGUGAUGCAUCUGACUAUGCAGUAGGAGCAGUGCUUGGCCAAAAGAUAGACAAGAAACUCAAUGUCAUCUACUAUGCAAGCAAGACUAUGGAUGAUGCUCAGUGCAAGUAUGCAACCACAGAGAAGGAACUCCUUGCCAUAGUCUUUGCCUUUGAGAAAUUUCGAAGCUAUAUAGUUGGGUCCAAGGUGAUUGUGCACACUGACCAUGCUGCCCUUAGGCACAUCUUCGCUAAGAAAGAUACAAAGCCAAGACUUCUCAGAUGGAUCCUUUUGCUUCAAGAGUUUGACAUAGAAGUUGUGGACAAAAAGGGAGUGGAAAAUGGAGUUGCUGAUCAUCUCUGUAGGAUGCGAGUUGAAGACAUGAUCCCCAUCAAUGAUUCUAUGCCUGAAGAACAGCUUAUGGCAAUCAUGAUCUUGAAGGAGAGUUUUGAUGAGAAAGUCAGGCUGGAAGAAGUUAAGGCUCUGCGUGAUGAGAAUUUGCCAUGGUAUGCUGAUAUAGUGAACUUCAUGGUGUCCGGAGAAGUCCCUAGUAGUUUUGAUGCUUACAAGAGGAAGAAAUUCUUCAAGGAUGCUAGGCAUUACUAUUGGGAUGAGCCUUACUUGUACAAGAGAGGACCAGACAGCAUUUACAGGAGAUGCAUAGCUGAAGAGGAUGUACAAGGAGUUCUAGAGCAUUGCCAUGGGUCAGCUUAUGGAGGUCAUUUUGCUACAUUCAAAACAGCAACCAAGGUUCUGCAAUCUGGUUUGUGGUGGCCUACCUUGUUUAAAGAUGCAGCAAGCUUCAUCACAAAGUGUGAUCCAUGCCAAAGGAAAGGAAGUAUCACCAAGAGAGAUGAAAUGCCACUGAACCCGAUUCUGGAAGUUGAGAUCUUUGAUGUAUGGGGAAUAGACUUCAUGGGACCUUUCAAGCCUGCCUCAAACGGGCACAACUACAUUCUAGUCGCUGUAGACUAUGUGUCCAAAUGGAUUGAAGCCAUCCCCUGCCCAGCCUGCGAUGCUAAGGUUGUUAUCAAACUGUUCAGAACCAUCAUCUUUCCAAGAUAUGGCAUCCCAAGGGUUGUUAUUUCGGAUGGAGGUUCCCAUUUCAUCAACAAAGUGUUUGAGAAGUUGAUGAAGAGUUAUGGAGUCAAACACAAGGUCGCUACACCUUACCAUCCUCAGACCAGUGGGCAAGUUGAGGUCUCCAAUAGGCAGAUAAAGGUCAUUCUUGAGAAGACAGUGAGCUUUACUAGGAAGGAUUGGUCAACAAGACUUGAUGAAGCUCUUUGGGCCUAUAGAACAGCUUACAAGACCCCCAUUGGAAGGUCCCCUUUCAACUUACUGUAUGGAAAGGAUUGUCACUUACCUGUAGAGGUAGAGUACAAGGCGCUAUGGGCAGUGAAGAUGCUGAACUUUGAUAUAAAGGCUGCACAAGAGAGAAGACUAAUGAACUUGUUUGAGUUGGAAGAAAUCAGAAUGAAUGCCUAUGAGAACUCCCUAAUCUACAAGUUGAGAACAAAGGCAGCCCAUGACAAACUGAUCCGCCUUAAAGACUUCAAGGCUGGGGAUAGUGUGCUUUUGUAUAACUCCAAGCUAAGGUUGUUUCCCGGGAAGUUAAGGUCAAAAUGGGCAGGACCAUUCAAGAUCCACGAAGUUUUGCCCUAUGGAUCCCUCACUCUGCUCAAUCAAGAGGGGAAGGAGUUCACAGUGAAUGGGCAUAGAUGCAAGCCGUAUCUAGGAAUGACCCCCACAGAGGAGAUCAUCACUCCUCUACAAGAUCCAACCCCGGCUUAA